GAGGACCAGAUUGAAACAGAGGUGUUUAGCGUGCUCCGAUGGGGUACAAGGCAUGCUACACGGCACAGGCACACAGUGGGAGCACUACAAAAAGCCUGGCGAACUCUGCGGAAGCUUUUUAUAGACAUAUGGAGCAGCAAUAAAGCCAAAUGGUAAUCAAAUCUGGAUCGAAGCCACAAAAGCCAAGAGGUGCUACUGAAGGAAAGAUACUGAAAUUCUGCUUGAUUUCAGUGAUGGGUGAGCUGAACUGGAUGUCCUGAACUCUCCUUCUCUGAGUGAUGGUUUUUCUUAGGAACACUGGAGCACGCAGGAGUGCUGUCAUUUUCUUCCAGCUCUCUCUAGGAUUGCCAAUGUGAUUUUCUUUUACUAUUCUCAGCCCAGUUUUUGGAUAUAUAUUUUCUUCAUAGCAAAUACUGAUUGCACUUGCAUUGAUAAAGGUGGCUCUUCAAUGAAAAAUACACUUUAUGGUAUAAGAUUUUGAAUAAAUGCAGGGAUUUGUGGAGAAUCUUUGAAAAGAUGAACUGAUAUCCCACGUAAGGCAAUAGAUUGAUGUCUCGGUAUGACUGGAAAAUCAAGAAACUCUCAAAAUAUAAGCUCAAAGGGAAGUUUUACUUAUUUUAUUUUUUUGGUCUGCUUUAAAGACAAAGGUUCUUUCAUGUUGUCAAUGUUUCAUGUUGUUCAUGUUGUUCUUUUUUGUUGUGAAAAUUUAACUAGUUGAUUUCAUUUUAAUGUCCCACCAAAAAGAUUCAAAGCAUUACUGAGAACAGUUUGUUGGACUACAGCUGCAGAAAGUUUUCUAUUUUGUUGAUGCCUUCUUUUUUGAAAAUUUUCCCUUUGAAUUUUGAGAUACUAGAUGUUCUUGGACUAUAUCCAAGGUUUUUGAACCUGUGAUGUCAAAGCAUAGGAGUUUCAUACCUCAGAAGUUCCACAAACAACUGUUUAAGAUGUUUGGACCUGGGAAUAGUUCUCUCGUUCAUAUAGGACCAAACAUCACUGUGGGGAUCUUCAGACAUGAAGCCCAGAGUCCGAUCCCCUCGUCCCAGCUGCCGCUGCUGCUGUCAUCCCCCUUUGAAGGAUGUUUCACGGCGCACUGCUAGGACCCCUUGACUUGAGCCAGAGCCCUGACCGGAGAGCAGAGAUCCGCAGGCACAUUAAGAUGGUCAUGGAACAGCUGGAAGAAGUUCUCACCGAGCUCAAGGACGUGGCGAAAGAACUCCGGGAGGUUGUGGCUCAGAUUGACAAAUUAACAUCAGAUAUUGACCUUGACCUAGAAGAUGAGGAUCAUGGGAAAUCACUAGGCGACCUCUUCCAUACCGAGACGUUAUCCGACAAACAUGACCUCAGCCACUUACAACACAAUCCUCUGCUAGACACGGCCCGGAACCCAACCACAGCUAAGAAUCGAGAAUUAGACCUCUACGGACGAAGCUGUGGAGACCUACCUGCCCUGAAUGGACCAUUAAAGGCUCCAAACAGUCCAAAAACCUCCUGGGUCUUCGGAUCUGGGGGAAGGAUCCACUACUACGAUAAGACGUUGUACCAUGCAUUAUGCUGUGAUGAUGAUUAUGAUGAAGAUAGAGGUGGUUUGAGAUCAUCAAGGCUUUCGUCCACUGAUUCUGUGUUUUCAUCUUCACCUACACGUUUUCUGACGCCAAGAUCCACCCGUAAGACUUAUUCUAGCCCGGAAUCAAAGAAAACAGCCCUUUGUAGUUGCAGUACCCAAACUGUUUCAGAUAAAAGCACACAAACACAUUUCCCUUACAUUCCAGCCAAGCAAAGACCUUCAAGUGACUAUAAAAACUGAGCCUUCUGCAAGCAUCCCAAACGUUUUUUGUUUUAAAUCACUGGUUCUCAACUGGUUUUGCUUCAGGAUCCAUAUUUUCGAAAGGACAAUGGUGACCCUACACAGUACCAAAAUUGUAUAUCGCACAAAAGCAAAAUAUCAAAAUGUUGAAAUAUACAGUAUUAAUUGAUAGGCCUAGUAUGCACAGCAUUUGACGUUUACAACAAAAGAUAUGGGAAGCGUUUUCUCUUCCCUUUUUAAACUUUUUUUUUUUUUCAAUUCUAAUUAUGCACCAUUAUAUGGUUGUGUGCAUUUUAUUAUUUGCAUUUAACAUGUUUUUUUUUUCUGCUUUCCAUGACCCUAUCAAAACAGAUCUGCAACCCAUUUUUGGGUCACAACCCACUAGUUGUGAACCAAUAUUUUAUAUGAUUUUGAACUGUGUAAUCUGUAUUUAUGAAAUGUUUGAUUUGAUUCGUUUUAAUGCAUUUCUUGCAUGGAUUAAUCUCGUUUUAGCUGUCAUGGAGUUUACAAAGAACAAUUUAUAGUGUUUCGAUUCAUUAUGAGGCAUUAUGGCAAUAUCAAAAUAAUCUUGUAUCUACACAGAACAUUAACAC